AUAACAAGAUCCUUGCCUUGGCAGUGCUUUUUUUGCUUUUUGGCUUUUGCCUUCUGAAACCUGGCUGCUUGUCUCAGUCCUCUUGCCGCCGGGUGGGAGGGUGAGCUCGCGUCUCCCUUCACUCCUUGUUCCCGCAGCCCUGGCUGCGGCAGGCGCCUUUGGGUCCUCAGUGGAUGGAUCUGUAACCAGCAUCUCUGUGUGCUAGGCAGGGUGGUUGGGCCUUCCUGAGCUCGCGGGUCACUGUGGCCCGCCGUGGUGUGGGGUUAGACGGGCGUAUGGUAAGGCCUGCUCAGCUGCCCGUCUUCCGAGGUUUGGGCUGUCUGUAAGUUCAUGGUGUGGGUGGCAAGCAUUUAAAGGUGCUUAGUGAUGCCGACUCUGGAUUUGAUUUAUGAUUUUGUAAUGUUAGGUUUGAUGCGUUUUUCUUGUUUUAAAUGUUCUCUCUUGUGUGUGUUUUCAGAAGAUGAAGUAAAUCUCUUGGUUAUCAUCGUUGAUACCAACCCGAUAUGGUGGGGGAAGCAAGCAUUGAAGGAGUCCCAGUUUACCUUGUCCAAAUGCAUAGACGCCGUGAUGGUGCUGGGAAACUCCCACCUGUUCAUGAACCGCUCCAACAAGCUUGCCGUUAUUGCGAGUCACAUUCAGGAAAGCCGGUUCCUGUAUCCUGGGAAGAAUGGUCGAGUUGGAGACUUCUUUGGAGACCCCAGCAAUCCACCUGCUGAAUUUAACCCUUCUGGAAGCAAAGAUGGGAAAUACGAACUGCUAACGGCAGCAAAUGAAGUUAUUGCAGAGGAGAUUAAAGACCUGAUGACCCAAAGUGACCUGAAGGGGCAGCAUACGGAGACCCUGCUGGCAGGAUCCCUGGCCAAAGCCCUCUGCUAUAUUCACAGAAUGAACAAGGAGGUGAAAGAUAAUCAGGACAUGAAGUCCAGGAUUCUGGUGAUCAAGGCCGCAGAGGACAGCGCGCUGCAGUACAUGAACCUCAUGAAUGUCAUCUUCGCAGCACAGAAGCAGAGCAUUCUCAUCGACGCCUGCGUUCUAGACACCGACUCGGGCCUGCUCCAACAGGCUUGUGACAUCACCGGGGGACUGUACCUGAAAGUGCCACAGAUGCCCUCACUGCUGCAGUACCUCCUGUGGGUUUUUCUUCCGGAUCAAGAGCAGAGGUCGCAGCUGAUCCUGCCACCCCCCGUCCAUGUGGACUACAGGGCCGCUUGCUUCUGUCAUCGGAACCUCAUCGAGAUUGGCUAUGUCUGCUCCGUGUGCCUGUCCAUAUUCUGCAGUUUCAGCCCCAUCUGUACCACCUGCGAAACAGCCUUCAAGAUCUCUCUGCCUCCCAUGCUGAAGGCCAAGAAGAAGAAGCUCAAGGUGUCUGCGUGAUGGAGGCUUUCCUUGUGAGGCAGCAGCCGAGAGCUGGCGUGGCAGGGAGGGCGACCACAGCGUCGCUCCCCGCUGGUGCUUCGGGGGAGGAGGGCAGCUCCCCUGCUCUGCAUCCCCACCUCCUCUGCUCAGCACGACCUCUGUCGUGUGUGUUUAGUGAGAUGGCUGUCUCUGAGAGCCCACCCGCCCUGACUGACCCAGGUGGUGGACAGUGUGGGAGGGCUGACCACAGCUCUGGAACAGGCACCACUGACAGUGACUGCCAAACACAGGUAUCACGAGUGGGGGUUCUGCUGUGACCCUGGCCGACACUGCUCUCCGUGUAGUUGGCCCUGAUUGACCCAAGCCGUCAGCAGCGUGUCGCUGAGUCGCUGUGGACUGUGGAUUCAGGUUGCCCAGGAGAACCAGUGCAGGAAGCCAGUAGCAGACCUUCCUCGCAGAAAGCUGGUGAAGACACGCCAGGAUUCUGGGGGAAAGUGGACACCUGCGUGUUGGAGAACUCUUCUGUAGAAGCUUUGGGCUUAGUAUUGAAAAGUUUAUGUAAAAUAAAAA